CAGAAAGCCGUGAAAACAGCAGCGAGAGAUGGAGUUUUGCUGUCUGACAGAGUGAGUGUUGUUGCCCCGUUUCCAUGGCAACUCCCGCAUUUGGAUGGGACUCCGCACGCGCAUCAAAAUCACGCAGCAUUUACACAAAUAAACAUCAGAACAACAUUACAUAAAUAAUAAAUCCGCUGUUAAAGUUACACCUUGAUUUCAGUUGUUUGUUUCGUCACCCAUGGGUGCACACAAAUUUACCUACUUUCAUAAACGUCUGAAAAGUACUGAUCAGUGCAUAAAGCAGCAGGAAAAAUAUAGAGUAAAUUUGUAAAUAUAUUGUUAACAGCAUUAAUAUUUUGAGAACGAGAAAUAUCAAACUCCUGAAAGAAAACUGUAACUGAAACAGAUGUUGUUAAGCUCACAAAUAUCAUUAAAACAUUAUAAACUAUUUGCUUUUAAAACAUAAAAAUUAAAUACAGACUUGAAUGUUGGGAACAUUUCAUCAAAGUUUAUGUAAAACCAGUGCAGAUCCCCCUAUAAACACUGAAACCAUGACAAAGUUAAUAUUAUACUGAAGUAGGCUGAGAUCAUCUUUGAAAACCUAAACACAAAAAACAACAUUUUUCUUCACAAAUACUCAAUUUUUAUCUUUGUGUAACAGAGUCAAUGCACUCUGUUAAAUAGCUACUAUUUUUACAAUUUGCUACUUUUAAUUAUUUUGUUCAUUAUUUGUGAAUUUUAUUAAGCGGUUAUUUUUAUUUGUGUCCUGUGAUAAUAUAAUACACAUCGUCGUUUUUGUACCUCCCGGGUUUCCGUACCUCUUCGCUUCCUCUCCUCGCUCCGUCUCAUUGCUGCUGUGCAUCGCUGAGGGUAAGUUGUGUGGAGAAAUGUUGCUGAAAACAUUUCUUUUUCUUCUGGGAAAGCUAAUUGUUUAUGUUGUAAGUUUUAAUGUUUGUGAUGUUAAUGAAAGCUUUGUUGCGUGAUUUUGUUUUGUUUCGCCGCUAAUGUAAUUUUUGUAGGAAUUUUCAGGUCUCAGAGUUUAGUAUUGGUGCUAAAAGCAGGUUAGCAAAUCGCCAUUUUAUACUAAUGUAACUUGUAUUUUGCAGUACUUGUACUUGGUGUCUUCUUUGCUUAAGUAAAAGUUGACUGGUUACACUUGCAUUGAUUAAAUUUACAUUACAUAAGAAUUAUGUGGAUGGAUAUUUGUAGGGUGUAGAUUAGGGUCUGAAUCUCACUUGUCUUUGAUUUUCAUUUUAUAAGGUUGAGCUGAUCUGCUGUUGAUCCUGAAUGGCUUGUUUAAUGAGACUCUAGUCUGAAGCUCAUCAAUAUAAUCGGAGCUGCUGAAAUCCUCUUUAGCUCAUAUCAGUAGUUUCUGUUUUCACCUCAUUCAUUAUGCUGAGGUGUAAAUUCCCUCAUUUAGCUCAUUUUAUUGGUGUCAACCGAGAGUGUAGAUUUGCUUUUGAUAUUAGUGGGAAACUAAUUUGAUGAUGACAUAUUUCUUCAGCUAUUUUACAUGUUAAUUUGAUCUGUCAUGUUUUCCCACAAUGACAUGUUUUACCAGGUGGGUGUGAUUUUGAGUUUGUCAAAUAUGAUGUGAUCCUGGAUUAAAAUCGAUGUUGAAACUUAAAUAUCAUUUUUGUUCAAAAAAUGUAAUUUAUACCUAAUCCCAACCUAUAAACCAAACCCUAACUGUAGUGUUUCCCUUAAGUUUACAGUUUGCGAGCGUGACAGGGCUGUUUAGACUCACUCUACCUUGAAAAGGCUUACAUUACAUUUUGAUUAUUUUUAAUCUUGGCAGAUCUGCUCUUCCUACAUUUCGAAGCUCUUCCUCCUUUGGGUGUAAAUGCUGUAAUUUUCCAAUCAGCCCACAAGUGAAGAUGAUCACCAGAACAUCAUCAAGAAGUGAAAUCUGCAAAGGCAAGAGUUUAUUAAAGGACCGUGAGAACAUGAGUAAUCCAGACCCCUGCAAAACUACACAUGAAGAUACUGAACAACAAACAGACCCAUUUGGGGAGAAUAAGGAGAGUGAAGAGGAGAAACGUCAUGUUGAAGCUGAGAAAAACCCUAAUUUACAGACUUCUGGUGUUUUAAAAAGGAGAGACAAGAAUCGUUUGACCUGCACUCAGUGUGGAAAGAGCUUCAGAACCAAAAAGAGUCUUAAGCUUCACAUGAGGAUCCACACCGGAGAGAAACCAAUCAAGUGUACUCAGUGUGGAAAGAGUUUCCGAUACUCAUCAAGCCUUAAUUUACACAUGAGGAUCCACACAGGAGAGAGACCAUUCACAUGCACUCAGUGUGGAAAGAGUUUCAAACACUCAUCACACCUUAAUCAACACAUGAGGAUCCACACUGGAGAGAGACCAUUCACAUGUACUCAGUGUGAAACAAGUUUCUGAGACUCAUCAACCUUUAACAAACACAUGAUGAUCCACACUGGAGAGAAACCAUUCACAUGUACUCAGUGUGGGAAGAGUUUCAGAGACUCAUCACACCUUAAUUAUCACAUGAUGAUCCACACUGGAGAGAAACCAUUCACCUGUACUCAGUGUGGGAAGAGUUUCAGACACGUAUCGAGCUUCAAUAAACACAUGACGAUUCACACGGGAGUGAAACCAUUCAUAUGUUCUCAGUGUGGGGCGAGUUUUAGCCUAUCAUCAUCCCUUAAUCAACACAUGAGGAUCCACACUGGAGAGAAACCAUUCACAUGUCCUCAGUGUGGGAAGAGUUUCAGACACUCAUCAAACUUUAGUAAACACAAGAUGAUCCACACUGGAGAGAAACCAUAUGCAUGUUCUCAGUGUGGGAAGAGUUUUAGCCACUCAUCACACCGCAAUAGACACAUGAGGAUCCACACUGGAGAGAAACCACACACAUGUACUCAGUGUGGGAAGAGUUUCUCCCAACUAUUAUCCCUUAAUCAACACAUGAUGAUCCACACUGGAGAGAAACCGUUCACAUGUUCUCAGUGUGGGAAGAGUUUCAGCCUAUCAUCACGCCUUACUCAGCACAUGAAGAUCCACACCGGAGAGAAACCACACAAAUGUGAUCACUGCAGCAAAACAUUUCUGAGGCCUUCAAAGCUGAAGGUCCAUCUUGCACUUCAUAGAAGUGAGAAGCCUUAUUCAUGUCCUGUGUGUGAAAAGAGUUUUACAUUGGAGUCCAAAUUAAAAAGGCAUCAGACGUCCCACACUGCUGUUAGACAGUAUAUGUGCUUUGAGUGUAAGAAGACUUAUAUUACAGCUACACAACUGAAACUGCACGAGAGAAUUCACACUGGAGAGAAACCUUUCAAGUGUUCACACUGUGACAAGAGAUUUAGUCUGUUAGGUUCUCUAAAAUCGCAUGAGAAGGUUCACACUGGAGAGAAACUGUACAAGUGUUUACAGUGUAGCAAGAGGUUUAGUCUUUUAGGAACCCUGAGAAGACAUGAGAGGAUUCACACUGGAGAGAAGCCGUACACAUGUGAUCAGUGUUCUCAGAGUUUCACAUACCCAGAGCAGCUUAAGAAACACAUGAACAUCCACACUGGAGAAAAGCUGCACAAAUGACAUCAAUGCAGCAAAAUGUUUUCUCCAGUGAAAAGGUGUUUCAUGUCUGAACAUCAGAUAAUUCUGGUGUGAGAGAUUGAGUGUGAAAAGUAGAGAAAUUGACUUGGGAAUUAUCAGUGAACAGAGUAAGAGAUUGAGCAAUUGGUCUGUAAUGAUAUGGUCAUCAGGAUCAGCACCAGUCUAUUAGAAUAUUGGAGCGGUUACUAUAGCUGUAAUAAUAGAUGAGAUUGAAUUGAUGCAAGACCUUACCAGAACUUACCUUUCAAGUGUGCCAUGCCAUGCCAGGCAAUGCCAUAAAAGUUCUGUAAUACGAAAAAAUUAUGUUACACAUGAAUAUAAGCAAAUAUUAGGUCAUUAUACAUCUUUAGUACACUGAGAAUUUGUUUUCAUUAUUAUUAUUUAUGUGAUUAUUACAAUAUUAUGUUUUCUUCUUACCUCUCUUCUUGUCUUUCACAGUUGUCGCAUUAUCACUCACUUGAGUCUAUUGAUGCACAGACACUCAGUUGCACGUCAUGAUCAAGAUCAGCGUUUUUAGAUAAUCUUGGGUUAGUAGACCAGAAGGAUCAAAUUUAAAAAACCCAUCUGCAAUCAGGAUCGGUGGGUGUAGAUUGGAUAUUCAGAGUUCAACAGUGAUGUUGGACCACAAGCAUCGCUCAUCCACUGAAAAAUGGCACUCUAAACAGCAAUGUUUUUUAUCGUGUAAGAUGCCUCGGCUUUAUUUGUUGUUUUAUGCAUCUAGGAUAAUUUUUAUAUAAUGUAGGGAUGCAUAAUAUAUCAUAGGCCAUAUUUAUCGGACGAUAAAUGCUUUUUUUCAAGAUUAUCGUUAUUGAUCCGAAGUCUAAAUUAGGCCGAUAUCUUUAAGACGAUAAGUUAGGUAGUUGUACAGAACUGCCUGCCUCACGCAUGGGUGGGUGGAACUUGUUUAGACUUGUCCAGUGCACUAUAGUGGAUCUCUCCUCACAUAGUUUAUUCCUUCAAAGUCUGUCCUUUCUUCAUGUGGUAUUGCUGUGCUUUAAUAACUCAGUAAAUAAAUACGUUCCUUAUCAUUGUAGAUAUGUUUGAUUGAGUGCCAUUGUGUGUUUUGCUUUAAAUCGCCUCAGGAAAAAAUAUUACAUGUGUAAACAUUACAGCAGCGAUGCACGUGUGCUAAACAACUUGUUGGGUUGUUUGUAAUGUAAUAUGAUUAUCUGUUAUUAUCAAGGCAUUGCGUGCCAUGUGUUGUUGAUGUAAGAUUACAGCAUGACUCAAAAAUAGAGUACAACUAAAAAAUUUUUAUCAGGGCUAAAAAAGGUGUAAAUAGAUAAUUAGUUUUAAUGUUGAUUAAAAAAAACAUGUCUGGCCUAUUUAAGCUUAAAGACUGUUCGCUGCCAAUAGGCUGGCCAUUCAGUAAAGAUUAUUUUACUGUGUACUCGGUUAUAAUGUAUAGUUUACAAUAAAAAUAUUUGUAAUUUUA